GCGAGUCUCCGUUCUGGUGAUGGAGUCCCUGGAACCAAGGAGUCCCUGAAAAACUAUAAAAGGCGCCAUCCUCUGUUUGUUACGUUUUCGAUCUCCUCAAGUGCUGUGCACAUGCGCAGUCCUCUCGCUCUCUCUGCGGUCUCUGCUUCUUCGUUCACAAUCACUCCGUCAAACUCAUUCCAUAUACACUGUGAUAUUGAUUGAUUCGCGUGCGUAAUUGUUCGAGGGCUCGCUACGUCGACGGAGUGUCUUAUUGAACCUUCCGAUGCAAUGUCAGAAGCACUGCCGACUUCCCGGUCGUUGAGGCAACGCGGCGAUCCUUAUUGGAUAUUUGAAGAAUUGCCAAAGGCCACCAUUGUUUCUGUUUCCAGACCAGACACCGGAGAUAUUAGUCCAAUCCUUCUGUCUUAUACCAUUGAGUUGGAGUACAAACAGUUCAAAUGGCGCUUAAUGAAGAAAGCCUCACAAGUUCUCUACUUACAUUUCGCUUUGAAGAAGCGUGCAUUAAUUAAAGAAUUUCAUGACAAGCAAGAGCAGGUAAAAGAAUGGCUGCAAAGCUUAGGAAUAGUUGAUCAAACAGCAAUGGUGCAAGAUACUGAAGAACCUGACGACGGGGCUGUGCCUUUGCAUAAUGAAGACAGAUAUAGGAACAGAUAUGUUCCAUCCGCUGCAGCCCUACCAAUCAUUCGUCCAUCACUAGGAGGGCAGCAGUCAGUAGCAGAUAAAGCAAAAGUCGCAAUGCAGGGUUACUUGAAUCAUUUCCUUGGAAACUUGGAUAUUAUCAAUUCUCGAGAGGUCUGCAAGUUCUUGGAGGUCUCUAGGUUAUCCUUUUUACAGGAUUAUGGAUCAAAAAUGAAAGAGGGCUAUGUAAUGGUGAAGCGCUUAUCAAAUAUCUCAAGGGAUUCAGAUGUAGCAUGCUUUCCAUGUGAAUUGCUGGGUUUAUGUAAUAACAACUGGUCCAAGGUGUGGGCUGUCCUGAAACCUGGCUUUUUGGCCUUGCUGGAUGAUCCUUUCAGCGACAAACCGGUAGAGAUAAUUGUUUUUGAUAUCCUCCCUUCGUCAAGUGAAGAUAAGGAUUCCCUUGUACAUUUGGCUGAUCAUAUCAAGGAUCGCAAUCCCUUAAGAUUCACAUUUGAGGUAACUAGCGGAAAUCGGAGCAUAAGGUUGAGAACUAGCAGCAGUGCCAAAGUUAAAGAUUGGGUUACUAAAAUUAACGAAGCUGGUCUUAGACCUCAAGAGAGUUGGUGCCGUCCUCAUCGCUUUGGUUCAUUUGCUCCCAUAAGAGGUUUGACUGAAGAUGGAAGCCAAGCCCAGUGGUUUAUAGAUGGGAAGGCAGCAUUUGAAGCAAUUGCUUCCUCAAUUCAGGAAGCAAAGUCAGAGAUCCUUAUCACCGGAUGGUGGCUUUGCCCAGAGCUUUAUCUGAAACGUCCAUUUCACUCUCAUUCUUCCUUUAGGCUGGACGCAUUACUAGAAGAAAAGGCUAAACAAGGAGUUAAGAUCUACGUGCUUCUGUACAAGGAGGUCUCUUUAGCUCUAAAAAUUAACAGCUUGUACAGUAAGAGAAGACUUCUCAACAUUCAUGAAAAUGUGAGAGUACUGCGGUAUCCCAACCAUUUAUCGGCUGGUGUCUAUUUAUGGUCGCAUCAUGAAAAACUUGUAAUCGUUGAUUACAAGGUUUGCUAUUUUGGAGGACUAGAUUUAUGCUUUGGCCGUUAUGACACAACUGAACAUAAAGUGGGUGAUUUCCCCUCCGACAUAUGGCCUGGAAAGGACUAUUACAACCCAAGAGAAUCUGAACCUAAUUCAUGGGAAGACACCAUGAGAGAUGAACUGGAUCGUGAAAAGUAUCCCCGCAUGCCGUGGCACGAUGUCCAUUGUGCUAUCUGGGGACCUCCCUGUCGUGACAUUGCUCGGCACUUUGUUCAACGUUGGAACCAUGCUAAGAGAACUAAAGCUCCAAAUGAACAUACCAUUCCACUUCUUAUGCCUCACCACCACAUGGUCAUCCCACACUACAUGGGAAGAAGCAAAGAGGCAGAUAUCGAUGGCUGCAAAGAUGAUGACGACAAGAAAGAAGUUGAAAGUCAGAAUUCCUCUUCGUCACAAUCACCCCCGCAAGAUAUACCAUUGCUUCUGCCUCAAGAAGCUGGUGGAGAAGAUCUUGAGUUAAUUGGGAACAAUAUGAAUUAUAAUCUCAUGGAUCAGACAAAUUUUUGCGAAAGCCGAAAUCCACGCGACAAAACUUCAGAUGCUCAGGUGGGAGGUUUUCUAAAUGAAUUUGAUCCUUUUAACUCGGAGAGACAAUCUCCCAUGGACGCUUCAGAUGAAUGGUGGGAAACAGCUGAAGAAGGUUGCCGCGACGCCACUGCUAAGGAAUAUGGAGAAGUUGGUCCUCGUACAAAAUGUCGUUCCCAGGUAAUCAGGAGUGUCAGCCAUUGGUCUGCUGGAACAGGUCAGACUGAAGAAAGCAUUCACACUGCUUAUUGUUCUCUCAUUGAAAAAGCAAAAUAUUUUAUCUACUUUGAGAACCAGUUUUUCAUAUCAGGCCUGGCAUCAGAUGACACCAUACAGAACCGUAUAUUGGAAGCAUUAUAUUGGCGUAUUUUACUGGCUCACAAAGAGCAAAAACUUUUUAGGGUUAUAAUUGUGAUGCCUCUAUUGGCGGGCUUCCAGGGCGGUCUGGAUGAUGGUGGUGCGGCAACUGUGAGAGCCAUAACACAUUGGCAGUAUCGAACAAUCUCUAGAGAAAAACACUCCAUAUUAGCCAACCUUAGAGCUAUGCUUGGUCCUAAGACUGAAGAUUACAUUUCUUUCUACGGUCUGCGUUCUCAUGGUAGACUUUUUGCUGGUGGCCCUGUGGUUACUAGUCAGGUCUAUGUACACAGCAAAUUGAUGAUUGUAGAUGAUCGUGCUGCUAUAAUUGGAUCUUCUAAUAUAAAUGAUAGGAGUUUGCUAGGUUCAAGAGACUCUGAGAUUGGAGUUGUAAUUGAAGACAAAGAAUAUGUCGAUUCAUCUAUGAAUGGAAAAUCGUGGAAGGCUGGGAAAUUUUCCUAUAGCCUCCGUUGCUCCUUAUGGUCUGAGCACCUUGGUCUGAAUACUGGAGAGGUCGGUAAAAUCAGUGAUCCAAUAGCCGAUACAACUUAUAAGGACUUGUGGUCAGCAACUGCAAAGGAAAAUACUAGGAUAUACCAUGAGGUCUUUUCCUGCAUACCCAAUGAUCACAUACACUCCAGAGCUGCACUUAGGCAAAAGAUGGCUCACUUGAAGGAGAAACUCGGUCAUACCACCAUAGACUUGGGAAUAGGCCCUGAUCAGACAGAGCACGCUGGCAGACUGAAGUGUAUAAAGGGGCAUCUUGUUUGUUUUCCUUUGGAAUUCAUGCGUGAAGAAGAUUUAAGACCAGUUUUCAAUGAGAGUGAGUUUUAUGUAUCUCCUCAUGUAUAUCAUUAAGUGUGCCAGUUCGGAAGCCAAGGAGAAAUCUCUCUGCAGGUUUUUUGUAUAUAAACGAGAGGACAAGGUAUUAUUCAUGCGUGGGUUGUGCGGUAUUUAUAAGCUAGUGAUGGAGAUAAGGUGGAAUAUAAAAAUAAAAAGGCAAAAGUGAAAGGAAAUAUUUGACGACACUACACUAACUGGAGUCUUAGGAAAACUGGUGGUAAUUUAGGACUUAAAAGGCCACACUGUACAGCACUAAUUCAUUGAUUUGAUUGCAAACAAUUGUGUAUAAUUUUUUUCAUUGGCUCGUGAUAGGCCUUCUGGAAAUUAAUAAAGUACCAUUUGAACUUGGGAA